GCAUUAGCCAAUCACUGACUCGCUGGUCAGUGAUUCUAUGAUGAUAUUCGAUUCUCAAUAUAUCUACCCUUUCCAGGCCAUACGACAACGCGCAGUUAUCUCUAACCACUCAGUCCGGCUAAAUUAAUCAAGGUUAUUGUAGGUGCCCUUGAAGAAAUUUGUAAAUUUGGCAUACGUAGUUUUUUUUUUUAAAUCUCGGAUUUGUUGAGCAACAUACAAAACACGGAGCCCGGAACAACUUUUGUUUGUGUUUUCCAAGAUGGCGGCCGGAAUGUAUCUGGAGCACUAUCUGGACAGUAUAGAGAACCUUCCCUUUGAGCUUCAAAGGAAUUUUCAGCUCAUGCGAGACUUGGACCAGCGAACUGAGGAUCUGAAGGGACAGAUUGAUUCUCUAGCUCGUGACUACACGGUAAAUGCCCGGACCCUGUCCUCAGAGCAGAAACUGUCUCUCCUGAGGCAGAUCCAGCAGUCCUAUGGGAAGUGCAAAGAGUUUGGAGAUGACAAGGUCCAGCUGGCCAUGCAGACGUACGAGAUGGUGGAUAAACACAUCCGGAGGCUGGACACAGACUUGGCCCGUUUUGAGGCGGACCUCAAAGAAAAGCAGAUAGAAAGCACAGACUACGAUUCUACCUCCAGUAAGGGAAACAAGAGUGACCUUCGGGUGCCUAAGGAAAAAAAGGUGUCUCGCACCAGGUCAAAGGUCAAGAACUCUGAUGAUGACUGUAGUCCUAAGAGUGGCCAGAAGAAAGUCAAGCUAAUGCAAACAACUGAGUUCUCCUCCCCGGCUGUGAAUUUUGGCAACGUUCACCCCUCAGAUGUGCUGGACAUGCCAGUGGACCCAAAUGAGCCAACGUACUGUCUGUGCCACCAGGUCUCCUAUGGAGAGAUGAUUGGCUGUGACAACACUGAUUGCUCCAUUGAGUGGUUUCACUUUGCUUGUGUGGGCCUGACCACCAAGCCCAGGGGAAAAUGGUACUGCCCAAGAUGUUCACAGGAGCGUAAGAAGAAGUGAACAUUCUUUUGGGGGGGGGGAUGGAAUAUGGCAGAGAAUGAGGUAGAAAGAAAAGGAAAUGAGGUGCAAAGUGCCUCCCCCAAACUCUCUAUAGACACUAAUAUAGAUUCAUGCUCUGCUUAAUCUGGUGCUUGCCCUCCUCCCUUCUAUCCUCACUUUCUUCUCUCUCUACAACAGAAAGUAGGGAUGACAGAUGGACGAAGGAGCUGUAGUUAUAACUGUAGCUUAAUUUAUGGUUCCAGUAAUGAGCGUUACUUGUAUUUUUGUUACUUUGCUUUUUAUAUACUUUAUUUUUUGGUUUUAAGUGGUUGUUGUAUUGUUUGGUUGCUUUUUAAAAUUAUAUAUAUUUUCUUUGUAUAGUUACUCAAACACAGCAGUAGAUAAAAUCAGGGAGCAUGACACUCAGUCUUUAAGUAAGAUAUCUACUAGGCGUCCUUACUUGCUGUUCUUUACCAAACGGUUUUGAGUCAAACACUGGCACAAGGUGAUCCUAUCCGAACGAAAGUUCUUAGAGACUGUUAUUUAAACUCUGACAUUCUCAGUUAAAUUUUCAUUCCUUUUUUUUUUUUUCUUUCAGUAUUGGACAUGUGUGUCUAGUUUAGCUACCUUUCCACACAUGGGUCACUUUGGGGGAUAUCCUGAGCUUCACAGCGAGUUUGAUACUUGGCACACAAUGCACAUAAACCAGUGACUUUCAAUUGUAGGUUGCUAAAACACAUUUCAGGUUUAUUCCACAACUAGCUGCUGUGAAAAGAAAUUUCCUCUGGUGCUCAUAAUUGUUCACUAUUAAACGAACUGAACUUUCCAGGAUUGAACGGCUAGCAUUAACACAAAACGGUGAUGAGAUGCUGGAUAGAGCGGUUUUACAUUGUGACCUUGCAUUCCCGUAACAAUGCUUCUAGGUUCCUUUGCGUAUUAACCCCACUGUAUUACAAUACAAGCUGCGAAAACAGAUCAACAGUUGUAUUUGACCUCUAAUGCCGACUUUUAUAUGAUGUUUGACUGGAUUUUGGUGCUCUUGCAGAUAUUAAACAGGUGAUUGCUUAAAUGGGAUGAAAGUAAUUGUUACACUCAUAUUAAUCUCUCCAUCACGUGGAUGGUGCCAGAGGUUAAGGUGCUGUUGUCCAUAGAUCACAACCUCGAUUUAAAACUUGGCUUCAAUAUUUAAUAUGUUAUUUGCUAACACUUUAUUCGAAGGGUACCUACUUAGGGUCUUUAACACAUUCAUAAGCUAUGCAUAAAUAUUUUAUAAAGCAGUUCUGGAUGGAGCGCUUAUGAAAGGCUUGUAUCAAAACUCGUGGUUUUGUGUGACUUGUGUUUUGUUUUUGUUUUUUUACAUAUAAGAGAGAAGAGACUAAACUUUCCUUAUCUUUAAUUAUUAUGCGUAGACUCAAAACGUUACUGUAUUUAUUUAUUUUUCACCCUAAUGUUGAUUAUUCUUUUUUUUUUUUUAUUAAUAGGACAUUGAAAAAGGUGUAGACAUUCUACAGAGCAGUGUUAUAAAUACAGUGGUGCUUGAAAGUUUAAACUUGAACCCUUUAGAAUAUUGUAUCUGUAUAAAUAUGAGCUAAAACAAUAUCAGAUUUUCACACAGGUCCUAAAAGUAGAUGAAGAGAACCAAAUUAAACAAAUGAGACAAAUAUUAUACUUGGUCAUUUAGUUAUUAAGGAAAAUUAUCCAAUAUUACAUAUCUGUGAGUGGCAAAAGUAACUGAACCUUUGCUUUCAGUAUCUGGUGUGAACCCCUUGUGCAGCAAUAACUGCAACUUAACAUUUUCAGUAACUGUUGUUCAGUCCUGCACAUCGGCUUGGAGGAAUUUUAGCCCAUUCCUCAGUACAGAACAGCUUCAACUCUGGGAUGUUGGUGGGUUUCCUCACAUGAACUGCUUGCUUCAGGUCCUUCCACAACAUUUCUAUUGAAUUAAAGACAGGACUUUGACUUGACCAUUCCAAAACAUUAACUUUAUUCUUCUUUAACCACUCUUUGUAUAACGAUUUGUGUGCUUAGAGUUGUUGUCCUGCUAUGUGACCCACUUUCUCUUUAGAUUCAGUUCAUGGACACAUCCUGACAUUUUCCUUUACAAUUCGCUGGUAUAAUUCAGAAUUCAUUGUUCCAUCAAUGAUGGCAAGUCGUCCUGGCCCAGCUGCAGCAAAACAGGCCCAAACCAUGAUACUACCACCACCAGGUUUCACAGAUGGGAUAAGGUUCUUAUGCUGGAAUGCAGUGCUUUCCUUUCUCCAAACUUAAUGCUUCUCAUUUAAAUCAAAAGUUAUAUUUUGGUCUCAUCUGUCCACAUACAUUUUGCCAAUGGUUUUCUGGCUUGUCCACGUGAUCUUUAGCAAACUGCAGAUGGUCAGCAAUGUUCUUUUUGGACAUCAGUGGCUUUCUCCUUGCAACCCUGCCAUGCACACCAUUGUUGUUCAGUGUUGAUGGUGGACUCAUGAACGUUAGCAUUAGCCAAUGUGAGAGAGGCCUUUAGUUGCUAAGAAGUUACACUGGGUUCCUCUGUGACCUCGUGGACUAUUACAUGUCUUGUUCUUGGAGUGAUCUUUGUUGGUCUCUACUCCUGGGGAGAUUAGCAAUGGUCUUGAAUUUCCUCCAUCUGUACACAAUCUGUCUGACUAUGGAUUUUGUGGAGUCCAAACUCCUUAGAGAUGGUUUUGUAACCUUUUCCAGCCUGAUGAGCUUCAACAACUUUUUAUGAAAUACUCAGAAAUCUCCUUUAUUCAUGCCAUGAUACACUUCCACAAACGUGUUGUAAAGCUCAGACUUUGAUAGAUCCCUGUUCUUUAAAUAAAACAGGAUGCUCACUCUCACCUGAUUGUCAUCCCAUUGAUUGAAAACACCUGACUCUAAUUUCACCUUCAAAUUAACUGCUAAUCCUAGAGGUUCACAUACUUAUGCCACUCACAGAUGUUAUAUUGGAUCAUCUUUCUCAAUAAAUAAAUGACAAAGUAUAAUAAUAUUUUUUGUCUUUGUUUCAUUGGGUUUCCUUUAUUUACUUUUAGGAUUUGUGUGAAAAUCUGAUGUUCCAAGUCAUUUAUGCAGAUAUAUAGAACAUUCUAAAGGGUUCACAAACUUUCAAGCAUCGUUGUACAAAUUUAAGUACCACUGUAGCUUUAAGGCAUUAAAAUAAUUUGUUUUUCCCUGACAGGGUCAUCAUAAAUAUGUAAAGUUGUUCUGGAACAAUUCUUUAUAAUAGUUACAAAUGCAAAUUGAACCACAAAUGAAACACUUCAGUUAAAGCAGAUGCAGUAUUAUAUACUCCUAACAAAAAGAUGAAAGGUGGACACUAAAUAAGACUAAAUAAGAAUUGUGUCCAAGAUAAGUUUAAUAAGAAAGAUUUCAAUCAACCCAUAAUGAUAACCGAGGCCUCUUUUCUCUUCGAUGUAAAAACUGACCAAUAUAAUCCACAGAACUUAUCUUCCAUGUUUUGAACGAAAUCUUCUAGUAUUGCUUUGUAAAACAUUUAUCCCAUUCUAUAAUAAAGUGUUACCCAUAGUUUCUAGUAGAUCUUUAAGUGUGCUUAUUUAGGCUGAUUUAUUAUCACAAAACAGUGUGUGUGUAUGUGUGUUAUUAGAAUAUGAUAUCAGCCUUAAGGUGGAAUAUGCAUGAAGUGUUAGUGAAGGUACUUUGAUUGUAAUUUGAUUGUUACAGAAGUUUAUACUAAUGUCAGAUGUUUAGUGUCUUCCAUGUUGACUGAACAACGCCUGAUGUCUGAAACAGA